AUGUUUUGUUUUUAUACUUACAUAGAGGAACUGAUACAAUAUAACCCUAACGUCUCAUGAGAAUGGGAAUGCUGCGAUGUUUAUGAUCCAGGCCAAAUUACAUUCGAACAGAGGCUCGCUAAUAACAUAAUGAGCCUAAGCUCAGAAAGAAUUACCGCCUCGAUUGAGCGAAAUACAGAAGGAAGUGUGGUAUAUUUCUCAAAAAUUUACUUUUUCAAAGAGAUUUAUGAUUUUUCUACUUUUGAAAAAUAUAUUUCUUCUUGGAACAGUACAAUCACUGAGAAUACCAUUAUUUCUGCUUCUAAGAUUAAGAGCUGCAAAUAAAAAAUUUUCAACUUCUGAUAGUGCUCAAAUUACUGUGUCUCAGAGACAAAGCGACAUUCUUUUUCUUGAUUCUUCUCAAACGGAUCAAGAGGAAGCACUGAAUCUCCUCAAAGAUCCUUCUGUGGCAUCGAAAGCUUCUAAUAGUUUUGAAAGGGCCAAACGGUUCCUUGAAAUGUUCAAGGAUCAGGAAGAAUAUGAUGAAUUUAUGGCUGGCUUCCACAAGGAAAUUUUAGCGAGAGAUCAUUAAUGUGACGGUACGGAUUCAUGAAUAAUUAA